AGCCUCAUGUUUGGUGUCUUUGAACGGGAUCGCCAUCUGGCUUGAAGAGGGCUGGGAUCGAGCUGCGGCGAGAUGUGGUGGCAUGGAAUGCGUCACUGGAAAGGGUAUGCCGCGGCUCGAAACGCUGUCGGGCGGAGGCAGUCGCCCCGCAAAUGGCACGAUGCGCUGACCGUCGUGUCGAUCAGGCGGCAUACCCUAUAGCGCGACCGCAGAGUGAUGGCACAAGUGGCCAAGCUCGACGCGAGGGUGGGAGAGUGCGGGCGGGGCGGAUGCGAGACACAGGCAAGCUAUGAACGAGAAGCUGAAGAGUUGCUAAAGGUAGUGGGCUAGCUGGUGUUGAAGAAUGGCGGUCGGAAGAAUGAUUUGGUGGAUGGAUGGAUGACGAAAAGUCGAAAGGCGGAUUGCUCGCAGAGCGAUUGGAAAGCGAAGGGUGGGGGGGCUGGUGCGAUCUCGAGCUUUAGAGUCACGAGUGCGGGGAACAACAAGGUUAUUGUAGUCGUCAGAGUCGUCGCUGGCGAAGAAAGGCUGGGUUUGCGCAAUUCGGAUGACAAGGUCGCUUAUGCUGCAAGUCGUUUGAGUUCGGGGGAAAAGGUGUGCGCGUUGGUGGAUGACAGGCUCGGAUGUUUGAUGUGAAGCUCAGCGUGAUGUCGUCACAAGGGAGAUAGGAGCUUGCAGACCUUGCAAAGGCAGCAACAGCAAUCCCAGAUGCCUAGCCCCAAGGCGAAUGCAGGCGGUUUGACGGCGGCAGAUGCGUGAGGUGUGUAAAGGG